GGCGCAAUUGCAAGUUUCUCAAAAUGCGCGACCCGCAGUGGAUAUUUCCUAAAAACCUUCCCAAUAGACUUCACUUCGUUCUGAGCUACUGAGCUUGAGAUAUCAAUGGCGCUUGCUCCAUCGCUUCACCCUUCCAUGGCCGUCCGAGCCUCUCCCCCGCCACCUGAAAAAAGCCUGUUCCUGUUUCGCCCUCCGGUACUCAAUCAAAUCCUGCCACGUCCUCAUCUGUCUUUCUCUGCUCUCGUUUUCUCUCGCCGACAUAACACCUCCCCUGCAGUCACAUCUUCGGGGAAAGGCAAGAGAAAUGUGCCUCAUAAUGAUGCUAUGGGGGAAGAAGAUUUAGAUGAAGAUGCUUUUGAUGCACUUUUUAGUCAGCUGGAAGAAGAUCUUAAAAAUGAUGAUCUAUCAACAAAUGACAAUGAUGAUGAAAUAAGCGAGGAAGACCUUGCCAAGCUUGAGCGUGAGUUAGAAGAGGCACUGGGGGAUGAUGUGCUGUUGGGGAAGUCUAAUGCAGCUGCAGAUAAUAUAGAAAGUGGAAAUGAUGUUGAGAUUGAUGAUGAGGAUGAAGAAGAAACACCAGUGAAACUGAAAAGAUGGCAACUUCGAAGGCUGGCUUCUGCUCUGAAAGUUGGGCGCCGUAAAACUAGUAUUAAAACUCUUGCAGCUGAUCUUUGUCUUGAUAGGGCUGUUGUUCUUGAAUUGCUUCGUGACCCCCCACCAGAUCUUCUAAUGAUGAGUGCUGCCCUACCCGAAGAGCCUGUGCCAACAACUGUGAUGCCUGAAACUAAACCUAGGGAAACCUUCUCUAAAAAGAUGUAUACAGAUGCUGCAAAACCUGAAGCCAAGGCAAAACUGCCAGUUCAUGUCAUGCAAAGAAGUUGGUCUGCUCAAAAGAGAAUGAAGAAAGUGCAAGUUGAAACCCUUGAAAGAGUUUAUAGACGAACAAAGCGCCCUACUAAAUUUACCAUUUCUCCAUGAAAAAGCUUGUUUGUUUGGAUUAUCCAAGAGAUGAUGUGAAGUUUAAUGACUGUAGUACUCCAUGCUUAUCGACAAAUAAUGCAGAAUACAAUGAUCAGCAGUAUUGUGCUGGUGACAAAUCUGCCCCGCAAAAGAAUUGUUAAGUGGUUUGAGGACAAACGUGCUGAAGAUUGUGUUCCUGAUCAUCGCCUUCCUUACCUACUGUCUGCUUCUGAAACUGUUUCUGCCCAAGAAAACCAUCUGUAGAUGAACUUUAAUCUGAUUUAGUUGAUGUCUUGUACAUGUCCCAUCGUGUUAUUUAUUUUCUGUUAGCCUAGCUAUUUCUCAACAUUCUUUUGCUUUUAAUAAUACUUGAUAUAGGGAGAAAAUAAUUUUAAUUUUUUUUUCCAAGUAAAAUCUUUGGUUUGAAUUAAAAAAUAUUUUAAUUUUACGCAUCAAAUUUUGAAUUUGUAUCCUGACACUCAAUAUUAAUAAAAAAUUCUUAUAUUCAUUUUAUUA